AUGCCAGGAGGAUCUGGGCAGCCAGGCUCACAGACAAUAAAGAAAGGGCACAGAGGAGUGGACUCCACGGGGGAGACCACCUACAAGAAGACCACAUCAUCUGCCUUGAAAGGAGCCAUUCAGCUGGGCAUCACACACACAGUGGGGAGCUUGAGCACCAAACCCGAGCGCGACGUCCUCAUGCAGGACUUCUACGUAGUAGAGAGCAUUUUCUUCCCCAGUGAAGGCAGCAACCUGACCCCAGCUCACCACUACAACGACUUCCGCUUCAAGACCUACGCCCCGGUGGCCUUCCGCUACUUCCGGGAGCUCUUCGGCAUCCGGCCUGACGACUACCUGUACUCGCUCUGCAAUGAGCCUCUCAUCGAGCUUUCCAACUCUGGGGCCAGUGGGUCCCUGUUCUACGUCUCCAGCGACGAUGAGUUCAUCAUCAAAACGGUCCAGCACAAGGAGGCUGAGUUCCUGCAGAAGCUGCUGCCUGGCUACUACAUGAAUUUGAACCAGAACCCCAGGACACUGCUGCCAAAGUUCUAUGGCCUGUACUGCGUGCAGGCCGGGGGCAAGAACAUUCGCAUCGUGGUGAUGAACAACCUGCUGCCGCGCUCCGUCAGGAUGCAUCUCAAGUACGACCUGAAGGGCUCCACCUACAAGCGCCGAGCGUCCCAGAAGGAGAGGGAGAAGGUCUUCCCCACCUACAAGGACCUAGACUUCAUGCAGGACAUCCCUGAUGGUCUCUUCUUGGACUCUGACAUGUAUAAUGCACUCUGCAAAACGCUGCAGAGAGAUUGCUUGGUCCUGCAGAGCUUUAAAAUCAUGGAUUACAGCUUGCUGGUUGCCAUCCACAACAUGGACCUGGCCCAGAGGGAGCAUGCCAUGGCAGAUGGCACCUGCCAGGCCGACACGCGGCGCCCCGCUGCCCAGAAGGCUCUCUACUCCACGGCCAUGGAGUCCAUCCAGGGGGAGGCCCGGAGGGGAGGCACCAUAGAAACAGAUGACCAGAUGGGAGGGAUCCCAGCUCGCAACGCCAAGGGGGAGCGGCUGCUGCUCUACAUUGGCAUCAUCGAUGUGCUGCAGUCCUACAGAUUUGUCAAGAAGUUGGAGCACUCGUGGAAGGCUCUUGUCCAUGAUGGGGACACUGUGUCUGUGCACAGACCCAGCUUCUACGCAGAGCGGUUCCAGCGCUUCAUGUGCAACACGGCCUUCAAGAAGAUCCCACUGAAGCCUUCCCCGUCCAAGAAGAGUCGCUCCGGCGCGGCGGUUCCCCGGCGGAGCUGCCAGGGAGCGCUGCCCUCCCAGCCGGCCCUGGCCUGCGAGACGAAGGCACAGCUGACCACAGAAGUGGAUGUAGAGCAAGGCUCCCACCUCGGCCGCCCAGACCUCCUGCCCAGGACGCUGCCGGCAGACGAAGCCAACAGCGACUCCAUCGCCACCACCCUCUCCACCUCCUCCCUGGGCAGUGGGGGCCUCAACUCACCUGCAAACAGGUCAGUGGGCGUGCAGGUGCACAAAGCUGACAGCUCAGCAAAGGAUUUGACUAGGACAGCUCCUGGCAUCUUCCUGUCUAGCGGCUCCCCAGGCCCAGCCCUGCCUGAGGGCACUGCAGAUCUGAGAGAGCAGCUGGAAGACCUCCAGGAGACAGAGAUCAGCUUUGUGAGUACCUCCCUCUGCAGGGGGAAAGAGCAGCUCCAGGUGGGGGAUGGAGAACUGAGGGGGUUGUUCCCUGGUUGGGAUGGGAACAGGGACACAGUAGGGUAUGGAAGGUCCUGCUCCUGGGAAGGAUCAACCCCCUGCACCAGUACAGGUGAGGAGGGACCUGCUGGGAACCAGCUCCGUGGAGAAGGACCUGGAAGUGCUGGGGGACAGCAAGGUGCCCCCAUGGCCAAGGAGCUCCAAAGGGUCUGCUGGGGGCAGUCAGCAGAGUGUGGCCAGCAGGGCAAGGGAGGUUCUGCUGCCCCUCUGCUCUGCCCUGCUGAGGACACCUCUGGAGGGCUGGGGCCAGGGCUGGGCUCCCCUGUUGCAGAGACAGAAGUGCUGGAGAGAGUCCAGGGCAGGCUGGGAGGCUGCUGAGGGGCCUGGAGCAGCU